UUUAUCAUGGUUUCCGAUAUAAUAUAUGAUUAUUAAAAUAAUAUGUAAAAAAAAAAAAAAAAUGUUGCUAGAUAAACUAUCAAUUUUCGGUUUGUGAAUUUUAAACGACACAUUUUGUAUUAGUAUGAACAAUAUGAUUUAAAUUUAAAAUCAUUAUUAACGCUGCUAUGGCAGAAGAAAUAGAAAAUUUCUAUGGAGUAUACCUAUUGUAUUGCUUGAACGAAAAGUGCAAAGGAAAAACUUACAUUGGCUAUACAAAGGACCCCAAUCGCCGCAUUAAACAACACAACAAAGGUGUUAAGAGCGGUGGAGCCAGAAAAACAAGUCUUCGUGGGCCAUGGGAAAUGGUUUUGAUAGUGCACGGAUUUCCCAACGAUAUAUCAGCAUUAAGAUUCGAAUGGGCAUGGCAAAAUCCCAAGACAUCCAGAAGACUGAAACACAUAGCGCCAAAAGCAAGGACCGAAAAGGCGUAUGACUAUUGUAUUCGCAUACUUUCUGAAAUGCUGCACGUGGGUCCUUGGAAUCGUCUAGCUUUAAACGUCCGGUGGCUGAAUAUGCUUUAUCGUCGCGAUUUCAGCGAUGACAAAUUUCCUCCCAUGCAUAUGUCUAUAUGUCAAGGACCAGUUGUAUGUAAAAAACCAGUGUCACCGAGCGAUGUCAGCUUGUUGGACGGCAGUAAAAGUCAAAUAUGUGUUUUAUGUGCACGCAACUGUUCUGCAGAUAGUCUACUAAAUUGUUUAGAUCCAGAUUGUCAAGCAGCCACGCAUAUUCAGUGUCUUGCCAAACGAUUCUUAGGAUCAUCUGAUCAUAUUAUACCCAUAGAUGGUGAAUGUCCAGCAUGUGGCAUCCGUGUCCUUUGGGGUGAUUUAAUUCGGCGAAAAAAUGGAUGCUAUAAAAAUUUAAUUACCAUUGGCACCGGGUAAUUAAAUAAUUAAUGUAUUAUGCCAUUGAUUAUGGUUCGAGUUCCUUUUUAGUGUGAAAUGUAUUUUUAAAACACACAUAUAUAUAUUUUUUUACAUAUAUUAUUGAUUUUUUUACUUAUU